GGUACAAUCUUCAAUGAACACGCAUUUCCACCAACAAUGGCGUAAAUGCUCUGAUGAGAAAAGGCAAAAACACAAGUGGUUCAUGCAUUUACAUUUUUACAGUCUGAAUUUUUCUCUUGGUCCCCCAUUCUGCAAUCUGAACUUGGCCAUUCAAUUUACAGCUAAUGCAUGUUGGUAAAGUUGAUGAGUGUGGCAUAGUAGCGUUGUACAUGUCCUUAAUUGUCUUUACCCCACUUGCAAAAGCUACAAUUCAAGCUUGAAUCAGAAUCCAUUUCUGCCAUAGUUAAUUGCAUGACUGGCUGCUGCUACAGUUCUGUCAACCAAAAAGAAAAAAAGAAAAAAAGAGACCAAAAAUGGCUGGUUAAUUAGACCUCAUCUGCACUGGCCAUCCAUGCUAAUAUUGCAGCUAAUUAAGGCCUCCUGUUUUUGUAAAGACCACUGACCUACCAAACACCAUCCACCAGAUGCCAAUGUCCUACAAAGCAUUGGCCACCACCUGAGUUUGGAAACUCUUUGUGUUUUCUUCAAAUUAAUGCAGUUGAGGUAAGUAGAAAUGUAUUUAUGAAUUAAAUCACUAAUUAAUGCCUGAUUCUCCCACCAAGAAAAUUGCUCACUGGGUAACGAUUUAGGCCUGAUCAGAACCAACUGCUGGUCCUUUAUUCAAUCAAUUCUGAACAACAUAAAUAGAUGGGGUCUGAGUCUAAGCAUCAUCUCAGAAAUUAAACAUGGAAGCAAAAACAUCUGUGUUUCUAGCAUUGGCAAUAUGCUCAUUGUUCAUCGAUUUGGCCCAAUGCAGCCAACUAAUCUACCAGGGCAAGUGGAAGUUGCUGAAGAGAAGCAUUGGAGUCUCAGCAAUGCACAUGGCUUUGUUACCAAAUGACAAAGUCAUCAUCUUUGACAGAACAGAUGCUGGUCCAUCCAACCUCACUCUUCCACAAGAGAAGUGCGCAAGAGUUCAUCAUCAAUCAACUCAUGAAGCCACUGAUUGCUAUGCUCAUUCUGUUGAAUUCAACCCUGCAAACCGAGAUUUUCGACCGCUUACUAUAUCAACCGACACAUGGUGUUCUUCAGGUGCAUUGUCACAAGAUGGUGUGCUUAUACAAAGUGGAGGGUAUGAUGAUGGAUACAAAGUUGUUAGGUACUUCAAGCCCUGCUUAGACUGUGAUUGGAUUGAGGAACAAAAUGGCCUUAUUGUACCGAGAUGGUAUGCUUCCAAUCAAGUCUUACCAGAUGGAAGAAUCAUUGUUGUUGGUGGGAGAUUUCAGUUCAAUUAUGAGUUCAUCCCCAAAACCUCAACUAAUGACAAGAAGCUAUACCAACUUCCAUUCCUUGAAGAAACAAUGCACUUGCCAAAAGUACCCAACAAUUUGUACCCUUUUUUACACCUCUCAACUGAUGGGAAUCUCUUCAUUUUCGCAAACGACCGCGCGGUUCUUUUCGAUUAUGUGCACAACAAAGUUGUUACAAAGUUUCCAGUCAUGCCAGGAGGUGUUUCUAGAAACUAUCCAAGCACAGGCUCAUCUGCCCUGCUUCCUAUUAGCCUUGUGGGAAAUAAAAGCUCUCCAAGUGUUGAAGUUUUGGUCUGUGGAGGGACAUUUCCUGAUUCGAAUGUAAAGGCCAAUGCUGGCAUAUACAUGCCUGCAUCAAAAAGCUGUGGUAGAUUAAUAAUCACAGAAAAAAACCCAAAUUGGGAAAUGGAGGAAAUGCCCAUCAACAGAGUCAUGGGUGACAUGAUUUUGCUGCCAACAGGGGAUGUGCUGAUCAUAAAUGGUGCGGCUUGUGGAACCGCUGGUUGGGCAGUGGCACGAGAACCGGUUCUGAACCCGGUUCUUUUCAAACCAAACCAUGAGAAAACCGGCAGGUUUGAGCUCAUGAGCCCUACAACUAUACCUCGCUUGUAUCACUCAACAGCACAUUUGCUAUCUGAUGGUAGAGUUUUGGUUGGUGGCAGCAACCCAAAUGUGAACUACAAUUUCACUACUUUGUACCCUACUGAGCUUAGUCUAGAAGCAUUUUAUCCACCAUAUUUAAGCACAUCAUCAAGGUCCAGGCCAUCGAUAGGUUCGAUCAAACCGGGAGUGGAUCUUACUUACUUGCAGAAAUUUUACCUGGGAUUUAAGACAAAUUAUGUGCCGGAGAAGAUUUAUGUGACAAUGGUGGCUCCAUCAUUUACUACACAUUCUUUUGCCAUGAACCAGAGGGUGCUAGUUUUGGACUUCAGCCAAGUGGGGAAGAAUGGCAAUAUAUCUGGUUCUAAAGGCUACAUAAAUCUCGAGGGUUUUGCACCAGCAAGGCCUGAAUUGGCACCACCAGGAUAUUACUUAUUGUUUGUGGUGUGUGAUGGGAUACCAAGUAGAGGAAUGUGGGUUCGCAUUAAGAAGUUGUGAUUGAGUAUGGCUGUCAAUGAUGAAGGUUAAUUAAUUAACUUGAGAUCUCUGAUUAUAUUUAUUUUCAUGUAAUUUAUAAUUUACGUACGGACAAAAUUCAGCAUAAA